UAUAAUCAUUUUAGUUUUAUUAUAGUUAAAGGUCGAUUUGGACCACGUCUAGAUUUUGAAAUAGGGCCUCCACGAUCUAGUAGACAACCCUGCACCCACCUCUCAAUCAAUUUACACUAUUUUCAUUUCUCCAUUCAAUUUUUGCGCUAUAUCCAUUUUCUCUUCCUUCCAGAUUUACUUUCCCCCCUACUAAGGAUGGAAAUUCGGUCUUGUUUUCUUGGUCAAACUGGAAAUGAGAUCGUUUAUUUCUGUUGUAAUCUUUUUCUGAACUUAAGUAUUUUUUUAUAAUUAUUUACUAAUUUUUAAUUUUGAUAAAAUUUAUGGGGAAAAAAAUUAGGGCCACAUUUUAAAUUUUCGAACAGGGCCUUCAAAUAUCAUGGGACGACCCUGACUUCGGUGCACUCACAAAAAUGAGUGCGUUCAAUGCAUCCAACUCAAAAACUAGUCUUAUUGUGUCAGAUUUUGAAUUUUAAUUUGUAGAAUUAGUGUAAUAUGAUGAUAGAACAUAUGAUAUCAACUAAUUAGCGGAUUACCCUAAGCCCUAGACCUCCAAUUUUGAGUUAUAUCUCUAAACCCCAAAUUGUAAACCCUAAUCCUAAAUCUCUAAACUCUCAAUCCUUCAAAUUAAAGUAAAUCUUUAAUGGUUUUUGUGCAAAUCCAUGUGCGUUAUUGUUCAUCACAUCAUAAGUAAUGAUUGACAUUAUUUUGACAUAAAUCGCAUGUUUAAAAUGACGGUUAUGAAGCGAGUGCACUGAAUGCACCCAAAAAAGUGAGUGCACCAAAGUAGCGUAUAUAUGACAAAGGCUAUCGUAUAUCAUACGUAUGUUGUACGCCUGUGUUCACACUUGUUUUUUUUUUGGAUAAGGGUGACAAUUAUAUUAACGAAGAAAAGAACAAAAAAGUUCAAGUGUUCACACUUGGUUUUUGCACUUCAAUAUAUUUCGCUGAAUCAGAACCUCGGUUAUUAUUUUUUUAGAUUAAAUUAAUCUUGUGCCUUGAGUUAGAGAAUUAGAGAUAGGAGUUCACCCAUUAGAGGUUAGGGUAUAGUAUCAUGCCCCAAACUCCGGUUAAUUUGUGCUCUAAAUAGUAAAACUCGACGGUCGUACAAUGUACACCUAAUAUACGCUAGCCUGAAGUAUAUAUAUUUCUCACUCCACCCAACCGGCCAUAACUUUAAAGCAUUUUCUGAUGAUAACAUUUUUUAGUCCAUAAGAACCUCUGGCUUAUAUAUGGUCCAGACUCUCCGAAAGCCUAAAGUAUGUAUAUAGGUAUAGCAUCUUAGCUUAGCCCCACUGUCUACAUUGGAUGAUAAGAUAAUAUAUGAUCCAUGAACUUUUGUGUUUGUGCAGCAUUUAUUUUUGUAUAUCCAUGUCAGUUGAUAAGACAAAAGAUAAACUUAUUUUUAUUCUCCUCUCAUUUCCAUCAGCCAUUAGAGUGUUUGGCUUCAAGCACUGAUACAUAUUUAGCAAUCCAUGAUUAGGGUCAAUGCAUAUGUAGGAUUUGGGUAUCUUAUGCAUUGACAUGGAGAAUUGGAAAUUAACAUGUACCGAUACGUUUGAAUAGCUAUCGACGUAUUUUAAGUUGUUUCAUCAAUUGUAGAGUCACUUUUGAGAGAGAUCGGGGGCUACCACUACUAGUAACUCGACGACUUUCAAGUCAAACUCAUAUCUCCUCUUUGAAUUGGCUUCGUCGAGAUUCUCUAGACGGUGAGAAAGAGAAAGAGAGUUCGUCAAUGAAGAAAGCAUAUUGAUUGAUAGACACCUGUGAUAAUUUCAAAUACACAUCCACUUAAUUAGGUAUGUGAGAUGAAGGAAAAAUAAAAAAUGAACGACCAAAAUAAAGUUCUCACGGUACGAACCCAAAAAGGAGUCUGCAACUUAACCUAUUCCAUAACGCCUCUAUGCAAGAACACGAGUUUUUUUUUUUUUUUUUUUUUAGGGAAGUAAGAACACGAGUUAUAACCCCUUCCAAGUUUCAAACUCUUGUGAACUUUUUUUUAUUUGGUAAUAUUCCGCUAAUGCGAUCCCUACAACUAUUACUCUCCAAAGUUAAGUUCAACCAUUUGAUUAGUUUGUGUCCGUUUCCACUACAAUCCAACAACCAAAUGAAUUAAACAAUGUCGGUCUUGCCUUUUAUUUUGUUUAUGAAACGGCAGUCAUGCCUUUUUGCAUUACAAAAAGGAAAUCUCUGUUUGACUUUGAUGCGUAAACCCACCCGGAGAUUAACAAAUGCCAAUAUUAUUAUUUCGUCUACCACGUACAAAGUCUUAAUAGAAAAACAAGUAUACUUUCGAUAAUAUAUAAACUAUAGUGGAGGAAAUGAUAAGAUUUUGAAAGGUAAUGGUCUAAUGGAUCGGAUACUAUACCUAGUGUUGUUUUUAUUUUGUUGCCAAAAUAUAACGUUGAAAUGUGUUCGAGUAAAACUCAUAUCCAUGAAUUAAAAUAAAACUCAAUCCAACACAUUUUCGAUAAAGUAAAAACUCGUCGAAUUCUAUCCAUUCAUUUUAUAUUGGAAUUUUAUACUCAAUCAAUCGGAUUAGAUAUGUAAAUAUUCAUGGUUUGGAUAAAAUUGUCAUCCAAACAGGCGGCAGGCCCCAACAGUGGCACCAGCUGUCGGCCGGUAAACGACGCUUGAAUGCAGAAGAAAGAAUUUCAGUUCUAAGAAGUUCAAAAGCCAUGUUUUGUUUGUCCGGCGGCAAUGCAUAAUAUAAAUCCUUCUUUUUGCCUCUUUCUUUGACAACAUCCUACCAUUCCCACAAACCCACCAAUGAGUAAAACAAGCAUACAAGAGCACAACAACCCCCCAAACCCAAUGCUAUCUUUUCUUUUUUACUCAACAAAAAAAGUUUACGUUUAUUUUAAAACUCUCAUUGUGAAAAAAAUUCAAACUUCAAACUCACAUGAGUGUUAAUACUCUUUCCUCAUAAAUCAACCAAACAUAGUCUGACUCGUUUAAUUCAAUUGAAUUGACCAUACAUAAAUUGUGAAUGACGCAUAUAAAAAAUGCCACACUUAAAUCACAACAAACUAAUACGACAUGUUUCUCAAACCAUAAAUCGAAAUAUUUAACUCGUUCAAAGAACCUUCAUUCGACUGGAUUGCAAGGAUUGACGAAGAAUGAUAUCGAAUAAUCUAACUUCAAAUAUUGAAUACGUAUAAUAAACCAUCAAAUCCAAUGAAAAUGUGUUCUUAAGCUUAAUUGAAUAUAAACUCUACCUUCUCCAUCCUCCCAUAUAUAGUUAUCAAUGUAUAUACGAGAUCUCGAAUUACAAAUUAAAUCAAGAACAACACUAAUUUAAUAAGUAACUGAUUUUUUUUAUUCAAGUAUAAUUUCCCAUUCGAAUCGUCCAUAAACGAAAAUAAAAUAAGAGGGCAAAAGAAAACCAACAAAUUAGACAAAUCCAUCCAAUGUUGUCAAGAAUAUGCUACACUCGGGAAGAAGAAGAAAAAAGAGAAACAAUUAAAAAAAAAAAAAAAAAACCCCAUCCCUAACCACGACAAAAUGCCCUACCAAUUUAUAACCCCCACUCUGCUCCUCCUUCCCUUAAACCCCCGCCACCGCUCCUCCAUUAAACCUCGCUUUAACUCCUCCGUUGAAACAUCCUUAAAAAAGAAACCCUCCGCUCCGACAACAUGUGCAAGUGCAACGCCUUAUCAUCAUCCUCCCCUUCUCCCAACCCCGAAUCUCCUCCUCCUCCUCCUCCUCCUCCUUCCCCAAGCAACAAAUUCAACAUGAUCACCAAACCCCUAAUCCCCAAAUCCCAUACUUCCCCAAAAUCCAAUCUCUCCCAAGUUAUCCAGGAAGCCCAUCGAAUCGCCGCAAUCUCCCUCCCCACAAUCCUCACCGGCCUCCUCCUCUACUCCCGCUCCAUGAUCUCAAUGCUAUUCCUCGGCCGCCUCGGCGACCUCCCCCUCGCCGGCGGCUCCUUAGCCAUCGGCUUCGCCAACAUCACCGGCUACUCCAUCCUCUCCGGCCUCUCCUCCGGGAUGGAACCCAUCUGCGGCCAGGCCCACGGCGCCAAACAGUACAAGCUCCUCGGCCGAACCCUCCACCGCGCCACUCUGCUCCUCCUCCUCACCUCCCUGCCCAUCUCCAUCCUCUGGCUCAACAUCAAGCCAAUCCUCAUCCUCUGCGGACAGCAGAACGACAUCGCAUCGGAGGCCCAAUCCUACAUUCUCUACUCCUUGCCGGACCUAAUCUCGCUCUCGAUUCUCCACCCGCUCCGAAUCUACCUCCGGACCCAAUCCAUCACUCUGCCUCUCACCUUCUGCGCCUCGUUUUCAAUCCUCCUUCAUCUCCCAAUUAAUUACUUUUUGGUCUCUGUUUUCCAAUUGGGGACGAAGGGAGUCGCAAUCGCCGCCGUCUGGACCAAUUUCAACCUUGUUGGGUCGCUGAUUGCUUAUGUAAUCAUCUCGGGGGUUUACAAGAAGACGUGGGUGAGGGUUUCGUCGGAGAGCUUCAGGGGAUGGAACUCACUGCUCAAUUUGGCGAUUCCGAGCUGCGUCUCUGUUUGUCUGGAGUGGUGGUGGUAUGAGAUCAUGAUUUUGUUAUGUGGGUUGUUGGUGAAUCCGAGGGCCACCGUGGCUUCGAUGGGGAUUUUGAUUCAGACGACGGCGCUGAUUUACAUUUUCCCGUCGUCGUUGAGCUUCGGGGUUUCGACCCGGGUCGGGAACGAGUUGGGGGCCAACAACCCGGUUCGGGCCAAGAUGGCUGCCCUGGUUGGGUUGGGGGCGAGUUUCUUGUUGGGUGGGUUGGCAUUGGUGUUUGCCGUGAUGGUGAGGAAUGUGUGGGCCAGGAUGUUUACGGGGGACGUCGAGAUCGUGGCGCUGACGUCGAUGGUUCUGCCGUUGAUCGGAUUGUGCGAGCUGGGGAACUGUCCGCAGACGACCGGGUGUGGGGUUUUGAGAGGGACCGCGAGGCCGAAGCUCGGGGCGAACAUUAACCUGGGUUGUUUUUAUUUGGUCGGAAUGCCCGUGGCGGUUGUAUUGAGCUUUUACCUGGGGUUCGAUUUCAGGGGCCUGUGGCUAGGUUUGAUGGCCGCACAGGGUUCGUGUGUCCUUGCGAUGUUGUUCGUCGUGAGUCGGACCGAUUGGGAGGUUCAGGCUCAACGGGCCAAGGAACUCACGACUAAUAGUUGCAAUGGCCCAAUUGAUGAGAACGACAACAACGUCGAGAACGUGGACGUUAUUGCUGUGGAUGACAGUGAUAAGAGAUUAGUUAGUGAUCAAGUGGACGAGUCAAAUAAUCCUUUGUUAUUGGUUUAAUUUUUUAAGAGAGGGUUAGAAGAUAUUUGUUUAUUUGAUCGGAUUUUAGAUUGGUUUAGGUUAGAAAAAAAUCUUUAUUCAGUUUCGUGAGCAGACCGAAAUUUUGUAAUGUUUUGUAUACUAACCGGAAAGGUUAUAUAAUUAGAUUUUUUUUUUAAUUUUUGUCAAAUGAGACAUGGUUGGCAGCUGAUUUGGUGCAAAACUAAAACGUUAGUUGUGUAUUUGAGAUAGAUUAAAUACUAAAUUACGUUGGCUUUGAGUAGGGUUAAGCACCAUGGAAACGUUUGUUGAGUAAUUAAAGCCAUUUUUGUUUAACGUAGGAAGUGAUUUAUUCGUUUAUGUUUGCCGAAUGGGGGAAAAGGAGUUGCUGUGUCUCCAUUCUCCACGAACGAGCAUAGAACAGGGCGUGAAUCCCACGCGCGAACGGGGCGAGUGUGGCCGGCGGAGGGGAACAGUUGACCGGGUCAUGUUUUGCAACUGUCGACGUAAAGUUGGAACUCUUCCGGUCAUGCCUUUCUGCUGUGUUCUAUUCCUAAGUCGGCCAGUCGGGUCAGCGCGCCGGUGUAUACCCGUCGUUUUCCGGCGAACCCACACGAGCAAUCCGUUGAAUUCCAAAUAAAUAUGUGAAGAAUAGUAUUAGUUUUGUGAUGGUCAAUUUUGUGGCUCUGAUGUUGUGGAAAAUUCUUUUGUGCUGGUUGGAAUUGGAAUUCAACUGGACAUUUGUGUGAAUAAUUAAUUGCAAGCAAAGAAAUUAAGUUUUGGAAUUUAACUUUUGAAAAAACAGUCUAUCUUGCUAUUACUUUUGUGCAGCCUUUUCUCUUUGUAACAACGGAUAAUUUUAAUGAACAAGGAAACAAUAAUGUACGUUCAAGAAGUUGUUGCGACUGAACCACCCAAUCAACUACGCUAUUCAAGAUUUAACAGAAGAUUAUACUUUUAUUGUUUUUUGUAUCUUAGGUGACACUCCCGUCCGGUGGUGCUAAGGGGCUUUUGCUUUUGGAACACAACACAGUUUUUUGCUGACUCCUCAAAUCAAGUUUUUAUUGUAACAUGCUAUGUUUUCUCCCUCAUUGCUAGUAGGUUGAUGCGUCACACGCUAGACACACAUGCUUUGGCCUUGUAUGUCCUUAACUCAAAAUUGAUGUGAGAUUGAAUGCAAUCCAAAGAGAAUAGAUAAAAAUCACGAGGUGAACACUUCAUCCCCUCCGAUAAAGAGGGUUUUUUUUUCUCAUUCAAUAUAUUAUGUGCAAUUAAUGUUUCUGGAUCUGAUAAGUUAAAUUCUAUAUCUGAUUUUUGUGAGAUUUUUUUCUUUUACUUCUACCUCUUCUUGGUUUAUUUAUCUCACUAAAUACACUUAUCUAUGAAUUGUUGGUACAUUUCGAGUUACUCACAUUCUUUUAAUUAAGAGUAAACAUGUCAUUUGAGAAACAAAUAAAAUCUAUAUUUUUGUGGAUUGUUAACAAUACAAAACAAUGAAAAUUUUAAAUUUUAUAGUUAAAAACAAUUAUAAAAAAAGAAUUAAAAUCUUUGAAUUAUUUACGGCAAGAAGAGAUAAAAAGUUAUCAAUAUUUUUCAUAGUUGACCGGGGAAGUGGGUUUCCUAAAUUUAUAGACCAAUAGGAGCAAUUACCUUGCUUACACAACGUAUUAAAUCUCGGCAUCAAGUACUAGAGUAAGAGCCUUCAAAAAACUUGUUCUAUGCUAAUUGCUAUGCUUUACUUUAAACCCAAAAACUAUGAUUUCAACGCCCUGUAUCGUGCAAAUUUCAUAAUCUUCUGUGAUAGGACUUAUGGACUUUGAACCUUAUUCCGUCAUAAAGAAAUAAUUUAAGGUUUCUCAGUGGUCCAUUACCAUGCAUCAAAACCUUAGUCUAUGUUGUGUGGUACUAUAAUUGUACCAAUGAUUGUUAGAUUUGUGUUUUGCCAAGAAAGAAAAUAUCAUAUGCCGUUCCUUAGUGGUCCAUUACCAUGCAUCUGAUUAAACGGCAUCGUUGACU